AUGGCGGCAGUCUCCUGCGGGCGCGCGGCCCUUGCGCGCGUGUCUCUGCACGCCGCGCCGGGUGUUUUCCCAUCUUCUUCCCUCGUGGCAUUCUCUGCGUGUGUCAACGUCGAUCUGAGUUUGUCUAAGCGGAAAUGGGCAGAUUUCGAGUUGGACGAUGACUACGAGUUGGGCGACCUCGUGAACACCGCGAGUGGAUUCGAGACCAAGCCCGACGAUGAAGGCAUUAAAACGGUCACGAACUACACGCAGACACUCCGCGGCGAGACGCUCAAGAUUACUAAGCGCAUCAAGGUCAUUCGUAAAUGCCAGCGCAUCAACAAGGAGAUUUACGCGCGGAAAAACAUCGUGCCCUUCGGCCUCGACGCAGAGGACAGCGACCCCUCGCAGCGCGCCACGACGGUCCGAUCUCACGAAGAAAUCAUCAUCGAGGUGCCGCGCAGCAGCAAGCAGCGCAAGUUUAAGGAAGAGGAGGAAGAGGAGGAAUUCUACAUGGCUGAUCUCAACCCGUCCAAGACUUCGCGCGACUUGCGCCAGAAGUUCCGCGCCCUGCGCGAAGACGAGGAUGGAGGCGCGGCUGGUGCCGACGGCGAAGAGGAGACUGUCUUGAGGUCUGGCGGUGCUGGCAAGUACGUCCCGCGCGCGCGUCGAGACGGCGAGACGAUGAAGGAUCUGGAGAACAGACGCCGCGAAGAGUGCACAAUCCGCGUGACAAACUUGAGUGAAGACGUCAAGGACGAGGAUCUGACGGAUCUCUUUGGCAAAAUCGGAAAAAUCGAUCGCAUCUACCUCGCCAAGCACAAGGAGAAGAAGUGCAGCAAGGGUUUCGCCUUCGUCACCUACCAGCGAAGAGAAGACGCCGUCCGCGCCAUUCGCCAGCUCAACCGUCACGGUUACGACAACCUGCUUCUCAACGUCGAGUGGGCCAAGCCUUCCAACAGAGACCGAUAA